AUGGCCAAGCCAAACUUGCUGCUCUGCUUUGACGCGUUUGGGACGCUGUUCCGACCGAAACGACCAGUCGUGCAGCAGUACGGCGAGAUUGCGCGGCAGUGCGGCAUUGGCGGGUUCAACGAUGCUCAGUUGCAAUCUUCAUUCCGGGCCGCCUUCAAGGAUGAGAUGAAGCAGAAUCCCAAUUAUGGGAGGUCUUCAGGGCUGGGUGCAACCAAGUGGUGGACAAAUGUCAUUGGAAAGACAUUCCGGCCGCUCGUGAGCAAUGACCAGCCUCUCCCCAGUGAGCUUGUCCCAAGGUUGCUUCAUCGGUUCUCGUCCAGCGAUGGAUACGCCGCUGAGCCGGAUCUCACGUCCAGCCUGCAGGCACUAAAGCACAACCCACACUAUGGCAAGGUCAUGAUUGGCGUCAUUACUAAUUCCGACGACCGCGUCCCCGACAUAUUGUCCUCGUUCGGCGUCCAUGUCAGCACGCUGCGCCAUGGCGGAUACGACGGUACGGGCGCACUGGUCCCCCGUACCCAACUGUGCCGGGAGGACUUUGACAUUGAUUUCCAUUGCAUGUCGUACGAUGUUGGGGUGGAAAAGCCAGACCGCGCCAUCUUUGCAUCCGCCGAGUCCCUGGCUGCGCAAAUCAUUAGUGCCCGUGAUGACGGACUUGUCGCUCAAGCCGAGGCAAAAGUCCAACAUUGGCACAAGGUGUACGUUGGAGACGAGUAUGCCAAGGAUGUCGAAGGAGCCUUGCAAGCAGGCUGGAAUCCUAUAUUCCUUGAGACCGACGAGGUUGCAGCAAAUAUCGCCUCCUUGACCGACUAUCCCAGCCAGCCAUUCGAUCCCGAGUUGAGUAGAAUCUUCCAUGAUCAGAAGGUCGUCAAGGUGCAAUCCAUACAAGGCUUAGCCAACUGGCUCUCGGGCCGCUCAUGA